CCGGAGAAGGUAUAAAGUGCGGAGAGUAUAGAGGCGCAGAUCACGAGGUCUAUACUCUGCUGGAGGUGUUUGUUUACAGUGAGGGAGAUGUAAAAGGUGUAUGUGUCUCUCACUGCUGGGCACACCAUGGACAAGCUCACCAUCAUCUCCGGGGCACUGUUCCUGGCCGCCGACAUCUUCGCCGUGGUCAGCCUCGCCAUGCCCGACUGGAUCGUCUCUGAUAUCGGAGGAGAUACGCGACUUGGGCUCCUGUGGACAUGUGAAACUCUCCACAACAGGUCUCAGGUGUGUUAUGCCCCCUCUCUAGGAGGAGCAUGGCUGGUGACACUGGGCUGUGUGCUGCUGGGGUGUGUGUGUGUCACUGCCACCAUUGUACUCUUGGCACUCUCACACUGUCGACUCGGUGUAUAUGUCUUGACAUAUGCCCGAUGGGUUGGUUUCACUGCUAUGGUGCUGUUUUGUCUUGCGGCAGUUGUCUUUCCAAUGGGCUUUUACGUGGAAGAGAUCGGAGGUGAACCAUAUCAGUUGCCGAACAGCUUUCAGGUUGGAUACUCGUACAUAUUCUUUGUCUUGGCACUAUGGAUGACAGUGGUAUCCGAGCUGUUCGCAGGAAAGGUUUGCCUGCCUCACUUUUAAGUUGUAUAAUGAGUUAUGUAGUUCUCUUGUAUAAUUUUCUGGGAACUAACUGCUCCUUUAUUUUAUAUAGUGCUUUCUAUAAACUAUUGUAAUUUACUGUAUUGUAUGUAAAUAUUCUAUUUUUUUACACGGCUGUUAUUGUUAUUACUGGCAUCUCUGUUACCUCACCAGUACUACACAGCCUAAAGUAAGUUAAUUUAUCAUUACUCAUAGCUCUUGAUUAUUUAUGAAUGGGGUUCUACACUUUAUGUAAAAUUGUUGAUGAAAAUGAGUAUGUUCUGUUUAUAUAAAUACACUAAUUGCAUGAUAUACAUACAUAUAUAUGUACAUACAUAUACACACACAUACAUACUUGAUCUCACAAUGAUUAUUUGCUCUUACUACAUCCCAUUAUGUUAAGAAUGGUCUGUAAUGGAAUGAGUUUGUAUUCUCUUAUAGCCUGAUAUGUGCUUUAAAUGCAAAAAAUUUAGGUGCACAUAUAUAUUUUUUUCUUAGAGGGUAUCCUUACACCUAUUUGUUAUUUAUGUAGAAGGUUCUAACAUUGUUUGUGUUUUCAAUAUUAUAGGGAUGUGACGUGUAUCUGGUUUCGUUUAUGAGACACACAUGAAUAUAAAUCCUCAAUAUAAAACAAAUGUUUUAUAUUACGGAUUUAUUAAUUGAUAAUUGUCUUUACCCAGACUUUGAAUAGCUCAGCACUGAUAAAUGACACUAUUUUUGUAUUAUAUUUUAGUUUCUUCUUUAACAUUUUUGUUACAUGUCUGUAGGUCAUGUGAAGUGAUGCUGAAAACUGGGGUUAGAUGCUUUGUUAAUCACUGAGCACAUGUCCUCACUGAUAAUAGUAAUACCCGUAAUACAUUCUAAUGAUAAUCACUGUGCCAUAAAAAAUCUGCACCUCCAUAAAACAGAUAACAUAUCAAAGCCUCCCACUGGAUCUCCCAUUGAAAUUUCAGAUUUGUCAGGAAUAUGUCUACAAACCAUAUCUCUUGUAUUAUUAAUUGGAGCAGAUUCAAUUUUGAGUGUUGAGGAAAACUUGAGACUGAAAGUCAUGAGUUCAAAAUACUCUAGUGACACAUCUUAAAAUACUGUUGUCAUAGGAUUAAUAAAAAACAUGAAAAUCUUAAAAUAAUGAAUCAGUUUGGGGUGUAGGAAAGUCAAUGGACCUAUUUUGAAAGAAAUUGUAUGGCUGGCUUUCGUUUUGGAAGUGGUGAAUUUCGAUAAGUUCAUUCAAUGAAAUUUUGCAUUUGACUUGAAGGUGCCAGUAAUGUUAUUCAGAAAAUAGUUAUGAAAUCAAUUAUUAUUUAACCAAUUAUAAAUCCUUAAUUAUUUCUUGGAACGAGUUAUAAAGAUGUUUUGAAAACCAUCUUGAUCUAAAGAGAGUUUUGGGCAUGUGAAAGUCAAUGGGCCUGGUUCAUUUACAUCAUUUGAGGGUCAUGGCCCUACCUUUGAAAAAUAAAAUUGUAGGGGCUGGAUCGUAGGAAAUGUUGGAGAUAAGAGGGAAGUCUGUUUACAGGCAGGUUCUCCUUGUAGAUGUCCAUUGUAGCCAAUGUAGGUGCCAUCAGUCAUGGUAACUUCAUGGAGCCACCGAGGCUUAUCAAGAAAUUGGCAUUUCAUUACAUUCAACUCUUUUUUUUUUUUUUGUAGAUGAACACAACAAUUUGGGCCUUGGGAAAGACAUUGAGCAUAUUUUACACAAAACUGUGUUGUCCAUUUUUAUGAAAAAUAUAAAAAUCUGAUGAUAAACAGCCCCAAAAAAUACCAUUAUCAAUAAUUCCAGAAUACAGUAUUCUGAAAUCCUGACGUAGUUCUGGAAAGAUAUGCUCUGAAUUUUAGAUGUUGCACUGAAAAUAUUUAUUGGCAUCUUGAGUAGCUGGUACUAUAGUACUGUAGCUUAUUUUUCUUGAAGUGGCACCUACAGAAUGAUGCCUAAUGCUUAAAGAAAUGAGUAAUACUAUGAGUAGUACUAAAACCAAAGGUAAUGAUUUUUAACUUGUAAUUGUUAGACUAGUUUAUAUAUAUAUAGAGUUAAUUUAUUUUGUAAAUAUACAGUAGUUAUUUAGAGGCCUUUUUUGUGAUUUGAGAAAGUUUUCCUAAACAUAAUAGGGAAGCACUCACAACAACAUCAGAGAUGAAGAAUUCUAGUGAAUGUUUCCCACAGUGAUGUCAUCUAGUUAUUUUACUUAGAGAUACACUCUGAUAAUGUGCAGUAAACUGCCCCUUAUCCAGCAUCAAAACACCUUAAAACAUAUGAUUUUACUUCUCAUUGAUACUUCCUGUUAUUUCUUAGCUGAGGCACUUGUCUUGCAUUUGCUACUUAUUGUUUUAGGGUUUUGAUCAAGUUUACAUUAAGAAAUAUUGUUAAAAUUCAUCAAUUUGUCAGUAACUUGUAUGUGAAUAAGUGUAAUAUAGCAUAUAAUGAGGAUUCCCGUAUGUUCUUCAAUAUAUUCCAAGCAUUUAUACAUUUUGUUAUCAGACAUUCUUUUCAAAGUUAAUUUAUUCUAAGAAAAUGUAAAUAUACAGUACCAUAUUUAGUUAAUUACAGUAGUUACAGUAUUAACUAACUACUGUAAAAACUAAAUACUACUAACUACUGUACUGUAAAACUAACUACCAUACAGUAGUUACAGUAUCUGGAAGUACGGUAUUUUGUAUUUUUAUUUUUGUACAAUGUAUGCACUCUAGUUUGAACUAAUUGAGUCCAGGCCCAUUUAUGCAGUAUAGUACUGUACUAUACAUUACACAAUGUUUUUAAGCAGAUCAUAAUUUUUGGAGCAAUAAUUUUUGUUGCAUUAUACCUGGUCCAAAUGCUAGUACAGUACAUAUAUUUGUCCAUAUUUUGAUAGCAAACAGACACACAAAAAGUAAGUUUUCAGUACAACACAGUAUACAUAAUUACUACUGAUUGUAAAACAUUUUAACCAGUCUGAAGUUUAUCAAUCAAUUCAACAUUUACAGAACUGUUAAGGUAGUGUAUCCUUUUUCUUACCCCUUUCACACUGAUUAAUGCUCUUCUUAGUCAUCUUGUUUAGCUAAAACUUUGUUCAGUUUAGGUUGCUUUAAACUAUAUAAACCAAUAAAAUUCUUGAGUUGAAGAUCUUUACCUUGUUGAAGACACAAUGGGAAGCUGGUUUGAGCAUGGUAGACACAUUCCUGUCAUGUCUGUAGGGUACCAGAAUACAGUAUAAGGAAGCAUCCAUGUACGUUAUUAUAUUGGCAGGCAAAUACAGGUUUACAUUUCUAACACACAAAUAAUUGGUAGUAUUUGUUUAAUUGCAAUGCAGUAACUAGUACUGUAAUGUAUUUGUUAUUAUUUUAUUGUAAUAUUUUUGUGCCAUAGUACAAUAUCUGAUAGAUGGCCUACUUCGUGCGCAGUGAUCGGUUAUCUUGAGAUGAUUUCGGGGCUUUUUAGUGUCCCCGCGGCCCGGUCCUCGACCAGGCCUCCACCCCCAGGAAGCAGCCCGUGACAGCUGACUAACACCCAGGUACCUAUUUUACUGCUAGGUAACAGGGGCAUAGGGUGAAAGAAACUCUGCCCAUUGUUUCUCGCCGGUGCUUGGGAUCGAACCGAGGACCACAGGAUCACAAGUCCAAUGUGCUGUCCGCUUGGCCGACUGGCUCCCGUAAAUGGUGUACCAACCACACAUUACUCAUAAUUUGAUUCUAAUUCUGUUCCAAUUACCAAUAGUUUCAGUUGUCCAAGUUGUAGUUAGCAAGAAUAGACUGGAAUAACACUUCUUAGUGAUCUGAUUACACUGGUGAAUAUAUUUGCACACACUGGACAUAGCGAUGCACAAAAUAUACAUUGCUGACCAGACCACACACUAGAAGGUGAAGGGACGACGACGUUUCGUCAUUUCUCAAGUCACAAUCGACUUGAGAAUGGUCCAGGACGGACCGAGACGUCGUCGUCCCUUCACCUUCUAGUGUGUGGUCUGGUCAUCAUACUUUUGCCACGUUAUUGUGACUGAUCGCCUGCAAUAUACAUUGCUCUUACCAAAGUAAUGAUGUGCAUUACAUUAAUGGUUGGUAAUUCUUGUCUGCAUGCUCUUGAAAAUUAAAUGUUUGUGUAUGAGUAAACUGUAUUCAUUUUUUAUGUUCAUAGUUAAUAAUGUAAUGAAUUGAUUUUUGUUAAUUACCAAGUCACUAAAGUUAAUAAUGACACUUUGUGGUGUGUAUAUUUCCAUUUUUCAUAAAAAGAAAAACCUGUUUUUGAGAUAAUGGUCUUCUAUUGUUGAAGACAGGAAGCCUAUUAGACUUAUUGAGGUACCCCUAGGCAACAAAUGACCUUCCCCUGGAUGCAGCCCACAAUAGUCGACUAACUCUAGUAUGCCUAGUUACUACUAGAUGAAUAGAGGCAGCAGGUAAAUGGAAAACUGCCCAAAUGUCUCUGUUCAGUAUAUACUAUUUUCUCUUAUUGUAUCUUUACUCUUAAUAUAUGUCUUAACAAAAUUACAGACAGGAGAACAAAUUGUGAUAUUAAGUUAGAUUUUUUAUAUUUCUUCCAUUCCAUUAACUUGAAGAUCUAAUUUUUUUGGAUUGUCUUUAAAAAUAAACUUGUGAUUAUCAUUAUAGAUAGGAAUUAUCUUGAUCAGGAGUUGCAGAAAUAGUUGGGGAUUGUUUGCAGUUCUCCACAUGGUAUCGAAAUGUUAUAAAAAAUUAUAAAAUCUUAUAAUAUAUGUGUUGUAAGAUCUAUAAGUUUAAGACUUUCCUUCAUGAAAUUAGCUUUAGUUUUUAUUUCUGCGCAGUUUCAUUCCCCAAGAGUUAUAACCACUUUGGUGGGAUGUUCAUUCAAUCCCUGACUGUCCUAGUGGUUGGGCACCAUUCCUUCCCCCCGUCCCAUCCCAUAUUCUUAUCCUGAUCUCUUCCAAGUGCUAUAUAGUCAUAAUGGUUUAGUGCUUUCCCCUGAUACUUCCCUUUCCCAAAAGUUUCACUCCGAGUUUCCAAAUAGAAAUGCUGUGUCAGUACUAGAGCAAGUGCCCAGAGAGUGGUAACUGUUGAUAGUCUCGUUGAUACUUUGGGAACACAAGCUUUAUGUUAAAUGAUGUAGGCAUUGACGCAGUUGUCAUCAAAUGCAGUAAUACCACUGUUCAGACCUAUUGAAUAUGGUUUUAUCACUAGCUAAAGUCAUUUUGAGCUUUCAUGAAUUAUAGUAAAUAUUAAGUUUCUAUGAUAGCUACCAUAAGACAUUUUAAAUAUUUGUAAAUCCAUUUUAAUGAGUAAAAAAAUUUAUGUACAGGUAUAAAUAUAUACUGUACUGUAUGUAUGUGUGUAUAUACAUACAUGAAAUAUACGUGUAAAUUGGUGGCUAUGUAUUUAGAGCUGUUGACAAAUAAGCUUGACCUAUUAAAGUAGGUUCCUGUACUGUACUAUGAUACUAUGAUAUGAUGGCAUUUGUAGAAGUAAGAAUCACAAGUUUAUUUUUGCAGACUUUCUGACUAUUGUAUUAUGAGAGGUAAAUAUGCUGAUUGUUUUUAUCGUCUGGGUAUUUUUAAUGUAAUCCUCCUUUUUAGUGUAUUUGGCUUCUUUUGAGGUAUUUUUACACUUCUUGAAGCUGAGUGCUUUUACAUUUCACAUUUUUACAUUUAUUUCAGUGUUAUUCACCCUCAGGUCUUUAUCACAAAAAUUCAUUCACCUACGACAAAAUUUCCAUGUGGUUUUGGUAAUUUUCAUCUUGCUCCGAGUUGUAUAUAAUUUUAUAACGGUUCAUUUUGUCAUAUGAGGAAAAUGCAUAAAUUGACUCCGUUCAUAGGGAUUUAUCCUA